AUGCAAUCAUUUAAUGAAGAACAGUCGCACUCCACAACUUUAGAGCCAUCAAAGUAAGUUAUUAUAUUGAGUAGAUCAUUCAAAACAAGAGCUAUAUUUGAUUCUAUGGAGAUUUCAACUAAAUAAUUCUAUAUGUUUGAUAAUGACACAGGUGAAAUAAUCGACCUAAGAACUUCUUAGAUAGUUGAAUAUGAUUAAAUCUAAUUCUAAAAGGAAAAUGCUUGGUAGGAUUUUUGGAAAGAAUCUCAGUUAAAAACUUUAGAGCUAAUUAAAGCAUGCAAAUAAGGUUAGUUUUCAAUUGUAGAAUCAAUAAUGUAAUCUUCAAAUUUUAUAGAUAUUAAUGCUAAAGAUUCAAAUGAUUAGACAUGUUUACACUUUGCUUGUAGUUCUGGUAAUUUUUAAAUAGCUUAUCAUCUUAUACAAAAAGGAAGUCUUGUAAACGAAUAAGAUUGUGAUGGAUAUACACCUUUAAUGGUUAGUGUUAAAAACAAUCACAUAGAUUUAGUUACUUUACUACUAUAUAAUAAAGCAAAUGUAGAUAGAUAGGAUUUUUUGAUGAAUACUCCUCUUCAUAUAGCUUUAGACAAUAACUGUUUAGAGAUAAUUACAAUUCUACUUAAAUAUAAAGCUGAUCCUUAUAUUUAGAAUGCAGAGAAUCUUAAUGCUCUUUAAUUGAUAUCAAAUACCGAUUAGCAAUAAAUAUUCAAAUAAUUUGGGUAUGAAAAAUAAUAUGUUGGAGAAAGACUAGUUUAAAGUACCAAAGAAUCUAAAGAAUCUAAGGACUUUAAUUCAUCUUAUCGUAAAAGUAUAAGUAGAAUAAUGAAGUUUUUGGGUUAAUCGGUUCCAACUAAUUCUCUAUCAAAAUAAAAUUAUUAGGCAAGAUAAUCUGUAGUUCCAAUUGGUGGUAAUAAUAUUGGACCGGAUUCAUUUACUUAUCACAAAGAAUUGGGAAAAGGUUCUUUUGGUGUUGUUUAUCUAGUUAAAAAAAAAGACGAAUAAAACAGUUUAUAUGCAAUGAAAGUUUUGAGAAAAGAAAAAAUAAGUUAAAAAUUAUUACCUUAUAUUUAAACUGAAAAAUCUAUAUUAUCUGUUAUUGAUCAUCCUUUUAUUGUUAAAUUACAUUAUGCAUUUCAAUCUGAAUGUAAAUUAUUUUUAGUAAUGGAUUUUUGCCCAGGAGGAGAUUUAACUAAACUAUUAGAUUUAAAAUAAAAAUUACAAGAAUAAAUAGCUAAAAUGUAUACUGCUGAGAUCAUUUUAGCUAUUGAAGCUCUUCAUUAAAAUAAAAUAAUGUAUAGGGAUUUAAAACCUUAAAACAUUAUUAUAGACAAUAAAGGUCAUUGUAUGUUAACAGAUUUUGGUUUAGCUAAAACAGAUAUAGAAAAUGAAGAUACUAAAUCAUUUUGUGGAACUCCUGCUUAUAUGGCACCAGAAGUAGUAAAUAAAAAAUUAUACAAUCGUUCAGUUGAUUGGUAUUAAUUAGGUACUAUAACACAUGAAAUGUUAUUUGGUAUGCCACCAUAUUAUAGUCAUAAUAGAGAAGAACUAUUUGAAAAUAUCAAAAAUAAAUAACUUAAAUUCCCUUAAAAUAAUCUAUCUAAGGAUGCCCUUUCAUUUAUCUCAUAAGUAAUAUAAUAUUUAUUUCUUUAGUUAUUGGAAAGAAAUCCUUCUAAAAGACUAGGAGCUAAGAAGGAUUCUGAAGAAGUCAAGGCUCAUUCUUGGUUUUAAGGAAUUAAUUGGGAUGAUGUAAUGAAUAAAAAAUUACCUGUUCCUAUGCCUAGUAUUAUGAAUUAAGCUAAUCAAACUAUCUAAGUUAAUUUUGAAGAGGAUUCAUAAAUUCAAUAAAAGAAAGCUAUUGAUAAUUGGACUUUUAUUUCUGAUUGA